AUGGCCUCCAUUUCCGGGACGCAGAUGGGCAGGGCUAACUGUCCCUUCUACUCCAAGGUCGGGGCCUGCCGCCAUGGCGAUCAGUGUUCCCGGUUGCACCCCAAGCCUCUCAUAAGCCCCACACUCUUGCUUUCUAAUAUGUACCAGAGACUUGAUACGAUUAGCCCUGGUGUCGACGCGCGCGGAAAUCCGAUCGACCCUCGUAAGAUCCAGCGCCAUUUUGAGGAGUUCUAUGAAGAUAUAUUCGAGGAAAUGAGCAAGUACGGUGAGAUUGAGAGUUUGAAUGUCUGUGACAACYUAGGUGACCACAUGGUGGGUAAUGUUUAUGUUCAAUAUCGAGAGGAGGGGCAAGCCGCAAAUGCUCUUCRGAAUCUUAGGGACAGAUAUUAUGGUGGACUUCUAAUUAGAGUCGACUUCUCUACAGUGACAGACUUUAUAGUAGCCGCUUGUAGACGAUACGAAGAGAACAUGUGUAAUUUUGGUCCCUAUUGUAAUUUCAUGCAUCUGAAGAGGAUAAGUUGGUAUGCAUAUUUYCUUCACUUUCCCUUUUAUGUACUGAGGAGCAGACUGUUUAGGACCAGGAGCCACAGCCYCGAUAGGCAUCGGAAUUAUGAACAACGCUCUUAUGGUAGACAUGGUCAUAGUCGGAGGUAUGAUGACCGAGAUGCUUAUCAUGAAAGCCGGAGCAGGAGGAGUAGGAGUACAAGCCCAGGUCGUAGAAGAAGCAGAAGUCGUAGUCUGCGGGGAAGGAGGAACCGAAGUCCAGUUAGAGAAGGGAGCGGAGAGAGGCGAGCUAGAUUUGAGCAGUGGAACAGGGAAGGAGGACAGCAAGCAAAUCAUAACAAUGCCAAUUUUGAUGGAAGUAAAAGUAGUCAUUAA